AUGAGCUCCUUGAAAGAAAAUAGGAAAUUCACUGAGGAAAAUGCUUCAAAUAAGAGGCCUAAAUUAGAACCUCAGACUUCCUUAAAAGAAAAGUACAGGCUCUCCGGAAUCAAGGAACCAGAUGUUGGAAUUACUGAGUAUAUCACCAAAGAUGAUACAGGUUUCACAGGAAUCUUGAAGCAUAGAUACACAGAUUUUUUAGUUAAUGAGAUAGACACUGAUGGGAAUGUUAUAUAUUUGGAGAAUGUUGGUUUUGAGCCCAAGAAGCGACCUCCGAGAGAAGCUAACUCUUGCAAGAAGCAAGAUGUGACGCCUUGCACUAUCAAGUUAUCUGAGGAACAUAGAAUAAAGCUUGAAAGUUAUUUUGGCGAGGAAGAUGUUAAAAAAUUAUUAGCUUUGUUAGUGACUGGCGAUAAUCUUGUCAGCCAGCGGACAUUCGACGACAAAGAGCAAAGAACUAAGAUCCAUAAACUUUUAAGGGAAGCGUUUUAUGGAAAGUUAGAAACAAUAACAUCAGAGAAUAACCGGUUUAAAAUUGCUUUGUUGACUAAGGGAAGUCGUCGGAGCAAGGCCGAUUCUGUGAUUGUGGAACAUAGCUUAGGAAAGCCAACCGAAUUUUUGCAUGUUACGAUGCUAAAGGAGAAUAAGGAAACAAUGGAAGUUGCGUCCACAUUGAGUAGGCUCCUGAAAAUUCCCGUGAAAUGGAUUUCCUACGCGGGGACCAAGGAUAGAAGAGGAGUGACUGUUCAACGGUUGUCGCUAGAAAAAAUGCGGGUUGAAAGGGUAUCACACUUGAAUAAAGUUCUCCGAGGAGUUAAAUUAGGAUCAUUCGCUUACGCCACUCAGCCCUUAAAGUUGGGGCAGCUUAAUGGCAAUAGCUUCUUAAUAACCAUAAAGGAUGUGAAAUAUAGUGGUGUUUUGGAGAAAAUCUUGGAGAACAGAUUACAGACUCUAGACAGCUCUGGCUUUGUCAAUUAUUUUGGCAUGCAGCGAUUUGGCACAUUUUCUGUUCCAACUCACAUAGUUGGGAUUCAGUUGUUGCAAAGUAACUGGAAGGGAGCCGUUGAGUUACUUCUUUCAGAACAAGAGCUAGUUAUGCAGGAUUCAAUAGAAUCUAGAAAAAUAUGGAAACAAACACAUGACGCUUCUCUUGCUUUGAAGACGAUGCCCUCCAAAUGUAAUGCUGAAUAUGCGAUAUUAAAAAAACUUUCUAAUGAGAGAAAGAAAGAUGGCAAUUAUACGUCAGGGUCCUAUUUCAAUGCAAUUAUGCAGAUUCCACGGAAUCUCAGAAUUAUGUAUGGACAUGCUUAUCAAUCGUUUAUCUGGAAUAGUGUUGCAAGCAAAAGAAUAGAGCUAUUUGGGCUAAACGUUGUUGAAGGCGACCUUGUAUUACUAACCCAAGAUGAAACAGACGAAGAUCUCAAGCACCAAGCAAAUGAUCAAUUUUCGGAUGAAAAUGACGAGGGUGAAACCGAAGACAUAAAAAAGUCUGAAUAUGUGCAAGCAAAAGUUGUAACCAAACAAGAGAUUGAGUCAAAAAAAUACUCAAUUUUUGACGUUGUGUUACCGACUCCCGGAUUCGACGUAAUCUAUCCUAGCAACGAAAUACUUCGUCAGGUUUACAUCGACCUCAUGGCCAAAGAUGGCCUUGAUCCUUUUCUUAUGUCUCGUCGUGUACGAGAGUUUUCCUAUGCUGGCACUUACAGACGUCUAUUAGGAACCGUCAAUGGCUUGGAAUAUUAUGUACGACAUUAUUCGGAUAACAACGAAUCAUUGGUAAGAACUGACUUGGAGCUGUUAAAGCUUUCUGGUACACUUAACCAGGCUGAAGGAACUCAUCCUUUACUGGAAGCUAAGAGGAUUGUGGAAGAUAAACCGGGCGAUAAGAUUGCUAUUAUAGUUAAGAUGCAAUUAGAUGUUGCAUCUUAUGCAACAAUGGCGUUACGAGAACUCAUGAGGACAGAAACUUCUCGUAGGGGUGACACCCAUGAAGAAGAGUAA